AUAUAGUUAAUUAAAAUACAAAAACUAAAGCAAUCUCAACGUAGGACGUAGUUUGUGUAAUAUGUUUACUAAUAGGGAAAUUUUGCCGGAGUGGAAAUCGCGCAACUCUGAACUCACCGGCAGUAUUUAGUUGACGAUCACACCAAUCGCACGUUAACGACACCGAUACUCGCUUCAUUGACAGAUGGUAAUGAGUUUCGGUGGACGGUCGUAAAAAAAUAAUGAUAAUGUGCUGGUGCCUCUUCCGGACACGUUGUCAAUGUAAAUAAACAAAAGAAUCUCCCGCCCCCGUUGACUCACCGCAAAACGUCUUCAAGUGUGUAAAAUUAGACUGUGAUGUGCUUUGUAAAUUUUUAAUUGUCAGCAUAAAUUAUGAAUCGGUAAUUAAUUUAUAAUAGUGAUUGUUUGUGCUUUCGGUGUGUAUGCGUAACAUGAAACACUUUGAAAUCUAAACGAUGAAGUGCUCUUGAACAGCCGUGUUGGUUACAUCGCCUGCUAUGAACUCUGACGUGCAUCGUCACCAGGCGCAUCCGCCACUUGCACAGCACGGCGUCCACGCAGGCGCGCAGGGCGUGGGUCCUUGCGGUUGGUACUCCGCGUCCGCUGCGCCGGCGCCCACCGCACCCGCGAGGCUCAAGCGCUCGCAGCCCCCGCACCAACUACCGUCCGGAGGCGGUGUGAGCGGCAGUAAUGGGCCCCACGCUCCUCUCUCGCCCACUGCAUUGCAAAAUUCUAUCCAACAUAACAAUGUGAUGUCGUCGUCGGUGCGCGCGCCCGCGCCGCCCGGCCCCGCCCCCGCGAUGCACGUAUCGCAGACUGCCGUAAUUUCGAAAGGUCCCAGCGAUGUCUUGGUGAAUACGUCCAACCAGAACCCUCCGCCCGCAGCCAACAGGCUCGUUAACAUGACACAAUAUCCCUGGCACCACGGCGCGAUAUCCCGCGAGCGCGCGGAGGCGCUGCUGUCGGGCUCGCCGGACGGCGUGUUCCUCGUGCGCGAGAGCACCAACUUCCCCGGCGACCACACGCUCUGCGUGCGCUUCCGUGGACGCGUCGAGCACUAUCGAGUAAAAUGGGCGACGGCGCCGGAUAGCCAGAACCAACGGUUAACAAUCGAUGAUGAAGAAUUCUUCGACAACAUGACCGACCUCAUCCAUCAUUACCUGAAAGACGCAGACGGGCUGUGCACAAAACUAGUGCGGUGUCUACCAAAAGCGUCUCCCAAUGGUGCCAAUAAUAACAAUGUCCUCCAACCGCCGUAUUCACCGUUACCCGCUCAACCGCCACCCUACCCACCGACGCCGAGCGUGUCGAGCGCGCUGAGCUCGGGCCACUUCCAGCACGCGUACAACACGCAGGUGCCGCCCGCCGACCAGACGGACGGCGUGCAGAAGUUUGUUGAUGCUCGUUGGGUAAUAGCAGAGCGCGAUCUAGAAAUCCGCGAGAACAUUGGCAAGGGUGAAUUUGGUGACGUGAUGCUGGGCAUCCUCAACGGCACCCAGAAGGUCGCUGUCAAGAUACUGAAGGACAAGGAAGCGGCCAGCAAGUUUAGAGCGGAAGCCAGUGUUAUGGCUUCGCUAAAGCACGAGAACCUGGUGCGUCUGCUGGGCUGCGUGGUGUUCAGCUCGAACGGCAGCACGUGCAUAGUGACGGAGCACUGCGCGCAGGGCUCGCUGCUCGACUACCUGCGCAGCCGCGGCCGCCACUACGUCACGCAGAUGGAUCAGAUCAACUUUGCAUACGACGCGUGCUGCGGCAUGGAGUACCUGGAGCGGCAGCGCGUGGUGCACCGCGACCUGGCGGCGCGCAACGUGCUCAUCUCGCAGGAGGGCACGGCCAAGGUGGCGGACUUCGGGCUCGCGCGCAACGACGCCGCGCCCGACGACCCCGCCGACGCGCUGCGCGUGCAGGCCAAGCUGCCCAUCAAGUGGACCGCGCCCGAGGCGCUCAAGUACAACAAAUUCUCCAAUAAGUCCGACAUGUGGAGCUUUGGGAUUCUUUUGUGGGAGAUAUAUUCAUUUGGAAGAGUGCCAUAUCCUCGAAUUCCGCUCGCGGAGGUGGUGCGGCACGUGGAGCGCGGGUACCGCAUGGAGGCGCCCGAGGGCUGCCCGGCCGGCCCGUACGAGGUGAUGCGCGCCGCGUGGCACGCCGACCCGGCGCACCGGCCCACCUUCGCGCACACGCGCCUGCGCCUCGCCGCCAUACGCGACCAGGCGCACGCGCACCAGUGAAAAAAUUACGCAGCAGAUUGUGAGGAUUUCCAUUCUACAUAAAUUAAUGUACAAUUAUUAAAAGUGAGGGCGCUGUGAAGAUGGUAACUGUAUUUUAUAUAAUUAAAUAUUAAUAUUCUAUAUAAGUACUAAAUUAUUUUGAUAAUGUUUAAAGACACUCCCUCGCUUAAAAGUAACUCUUACCUAGGAUAGCUGAUUAAAUGGUAUGUGUCAUAGAGAGAACUUUAUCAAGUGGAGUGUAAUUUUGCUAAUACGGGGCUUUUAGUGAAGACCUUGUUAUUGAAUGACACAAACCAACAUAGUUGCGGGAAUGAGUUGAGAUCUCGUGUUAUAACAAUAAAUUGUUACAUUAACUUCUUUAUUUUAGAUACCACAAACCUAGAAGUGCAAAUUAUUUUGAUAUAAAGCAAUCUGAUAUUAUAAGAUUUUUUUAAAGUUAAAUAAUACUUUCUAUGAAAUAUAUUCACUAAUUAAUUAUUAUUAAAUAAGAGAAAUAUUACUAAUAUGCACUAAAAGCCCACUAUUUUCGAAGGCCUAAAAUUAUUCUUGGAUAUUCUUGUAUAAAUCACACUAUAUGACUACCAUACGCCUGUACUAUGGUACUGUCUAGUCAAAAUAAUGUUUGUAGUGUUGUUUGUAUCAUAUAAUUUUCCCAAUUUAAUUUAAAGUCGUAUAUAAUGGUGACUGAUCACUUCUAUCUUUAAACGUCUAUUAUGCACAUAGUUAUUUAAUUUAUAAAUAUUGUAAUUUAUAAUAUCUUAUCAGCAUUUUUAAAGAAUUUAUGAAAUAUUUGAAAUUAACUUCUACAAUAUUUUCUAUAUCAUUUCUUUUAUUGUGUGUUACAGAAUAGUGUUCCAUUCCUUAAUUAGGGACUUAAGUCUGAUUUUGUAAAUUUUCUGUGCAUUUUAGAAAAUCUUUGUCCAUUGUGAUAGAUUCGUAAUUGCACUAUGUGUCGCAGAAGUAUAUUGUGUGCAGAAGACUUGGGGUAAUGUUGCAUUCGUCAACAUAAGGUUGUGUAUUAACAUAAGAUU